UUUUUAAAUAAAAGAAAAGAGUCUUUGUUGGAGGGUCCCCUGCCGUCCACCACAUCCCCCCCUUUCCUCCUUAAGAAUAUUCAAUCCGUCAAUCCUUCCUCGUGUCAUAUGUCGUCCCCCAUGAAUCAUUAGACAAGUUGGUUCUGUUUUUUGUGUUCUUGAGUCUGAACAAAGACACCAAAUCUCUUUGCUUUACAUCAAGAAUUGGCCUAAAGAGAGUUUGAAAGGCAAGAGCUUUCUCUUGGCUUGAAGAUAUACGAUCCCCUUCUUGAAAGUCUCUCCUUUCUUGGGAAUCCCUCUCUUCUCUUGAUUGAAAACAUUCCCCUUUUCGUAAUAAGCUGACACCCCCACCCCCUCUUCGUUCCGAUGCCCUUCUUUUUGUCUGUUCUCGGUUGAUUGAUAAAAGGAAUCAGUUGAAGGAGAAGCGCUUGUUCAAGUGGUUUCAGCUCGAGCCUUAUUUAGAUUUUAUAGGAACAACGUGUAGUUAUUUUCGUCAGUCUGGUUGCUAUAAAUUCUAGAAAUGGGAGAUCACUUUGUUUUGCUCGUGGAUCGGCUACUGACUGAAUCGACGUUGGGAGCAGCUCUUGAGAGCAGGAUCCGGGCUACGGAAGCAACGACAUCGGAUAAAGAUGGAACAGUCGAGAAGAGUUCGUCUCAUAAUAUCGAUUUAGGGAACCUGUCAUACCCGAGGAAGAUGGUGGAGUGCAGGAUAUGCCAGGACGAAGAUGAAGACAGGAAUAUGGAGACACCGUGCUCAUGCUGUGGUAGCUUGAAGUAUGCUCAUCGCAGAUGCAUCCAGAGGUGGUGCAAUGAAAAGGGCAACACUCUGUGCGAGAUCUGCCACCAACAAUUUAAACCUGGGUACACAGCACCACCCCCGCUAUUUCAGAUCGGUCGUAUCCCGAUGAACUUCAGAGGAAAUUGGGAGGUUUACAGAAGAGAGACGGACUCGAAUGGUCCUCGCAUUAUAGCAAUGGUUUCAACUGAUCGUGACUUCACUGAUCAUGACUUUCACGAGCAAUCAGUUUCUGCCAUGAGAAGCCUCAUAUGCUGCCGCUCUAUUGCACUAGUAUUUAUGAUUCUUCUGAUCUUAAGGCAUACUCUACCGGUCAUAGCAAGCGGGACGAGCCAGUACUCAUUCCCAUUGCUUAUGUUACUGCUUUUACGUAGCGUGGGAAUCGUUCUCCCCAUUUACAUCAUCAUGAGAGUGCUAACGGCUGUUCAACGCCACCGACUCCGACAGGUGUCUCCGAGUCCGAGCUCAUCGAAUGCUUCAUCAGAUGAGGAAACAGAGGAUUUGAGCAUGGGUCCGGAGCCUCUAGCUGUUCAUGCCAGUUAAACUCGGCUUCAUUGGACGCAUAUCCAUAGUAUUGAAGAAUUUGUUAGGAUUUCUUUCUUUGCCGAUGAUCAAGUAGACUGAAAGGUCAUCAGAUUAUUUCGGCUGUUCGACCUCAAAUUUACAAAAGCAAAAAAAAAAAAAAAAGUACGAUAAUGACAUGUACAUAUAUACAUAUAUAGGUAUAAAAAAUCACAAAGCAUCAAUGAAAUUCAAAACAAAGCAGGCUACUGAAUGCGAUAUUCAGAAUCCUAUUUGGCAACAA